UUAGUUGUGACAGACCACACCUUCGAUUCCGCUGCGUAUGGAGCACCGUAUGGGACUUGUGAGGCUUAUACGGGAAAUGCGCGACGAGAUCGACUGCUGGACUUUUAUUUCUGGGAAGAAGGAUAUGGAAAGUCAGCGGGAGAAGGAGCGGGAUGUAUUAAGUCACCGGAUGAUGGGACGUGUGGGUGUGAGAAUAGUGAUGGGGAGUUUAUUUAUGGUGGGGAUAAUUGU